ACCAGCCCCUGACUCUCUCCUUCUUCAAGUUAAUCAACGCUUUCGAUGAAACAUUGAUAUCUAAAGUCAGACAAAUGGCCCCGUGUUUGUCACAGGGGGGAACUUGGAUAUUUGAUUUCAUUUGGAAACCUCGAUAAAGCUGCAGUAUAUCUGUGUAUCCUUAUAUGAUGAAGCCUAUUUGAUAAAUAUUAUGUGUUUGGAAAUUUAUCUGUGGUUUUUCUUUGCUCGUAACCCGAACAAUACAAUUUUCUAUAAUAAUUAGAACUCUAUAAGGAUUUGGAUUUACGACGGAAAAGACCAGGAAUUGUAGCUUAAGAUAAUACCAUUUAUCAAUACAAAUUGAUUUACAUGAAGUAAACAGAAACAGAACUCAUUAAAAGCCGGAUUUUCAAAUUAGUUCCUUUCUAUAAUGACAAGAAGAGGAAUUAUUCGGUGUCUCAUGGUUUUCCUACCCUUGUUAUUAUACCUGUAUUUCGCUGUCAUGUUAGAACUAAUCGCCAAUGUUCCAGAGCAGGGGAAUAGUGUCACUUUUCAAACAGACACGAUACAGAAAACGUUCCUUGAAAAAACAAAUAUUUCUUAUUUGCAACAGACUAAAACAGAUGAUGCACAUUUUCACGAGAAACCGUUAUUACCUGAACGCAAAAAAUAUGGAAAAUUUAUGAGUGAGUGCCAGGAAUAUGAAUCGAAGUGUUUGUAUGGAAACAUUGUGUUUAACUGUGAAAAUAUUAAAAGCAUUAAAUUGCAGGAAAAGAUUGGACAUGGUGUAACAAAACAAGCUUUUCUAGGAUUAUUUGAUGGAGAAAAAGUCGUGGUCAAAAUGGUGACACGUCAUCAAAAAGAAGCUAGGGAGUGUUUAGAUGGUUUACCAAACAGAGAUAAAUCAGACAACUUGAAACGGUCGAAGUGCUUUGUAUUUCCAACAAUGAAGUUAAUGAAAGAAAUUCUACUUCUUCAUCAGCUUAAACAUGAAGGAUUUUUAACACUUUUCGGCUACUGUGUUCGCAGUGAAGAAUCUGACAGUACAGAUUUGUCUGAACAUGGUGUCGUGGCUGUUUAUGAGAGGGGAACCAGUAUCUCAGUUGAAAAAUUAAAAGGACUUUCAAUGGGGGAUAAAAUUCGUCAAUCAAUGCAUCUAAUUUCAUUUUUUCAAUAUCUGGCUAAUUCCCCUCUUGGAUCGCUGAGAGUAAGGGACUUUAAAAUGGACCAUUUUCUAAUGGUUAAUUCCACAAUUAAAAUGAUUGAUUUAGAUGAUAUAGAUAAUCUAGAGCCCUCUUGUGAUGCUUAUUCCAUAGAAAGCAACACAAAAAGGCUCCCGUGUGAGUACAACUUGACAUGUGAGAUGGGGUUAUGUAACGGGCAUAAUGCAAAACGAAACAUGGAGAGGGCAAACGAAUUAUUUUUCAGGCAUCUAUUAACACCCGAUGUCUUUCCUCGAAAGUGUUUUAAAAUGUUAGAAGACAUCAAUCAACGUCUGAGAGAAUUGUCAGUGAAUUAUCACGGUAUACGGAGAUCACUGAAGAAAUUAUUGGACUCAGUCGUUUAUCUGCAUUAGCGCUUGUUUUCCAAAGCCGCUUUUAUGGAGUAAAGUCCAUUAUUUAUUCCAUUUAUUGACCUUUAGGUUUAAGUUUAUCCUAAUGCAAGCUUUUAUAAGCUGUUACUUCCAUAGUGUUUCUAAGUAAAAAAAAAAAAAAAAAUACUCAUUUCACGAUAGUGCAAAAGCAGAUUCAGUGGAAUA